GCGGCGCGGUCCAAGAUGGCCGCGGUGUCGGUGUUCCCCGGCGUGCGGCUCCUCACGGUCGGGGACGCGAACGGGGAGAUCCAGCGGCACCAGGAGCAGCAGCCGCUGCGCCUCGAGGUCCGCACCGGCCCCGACAGCGCCGCCAUCGCCCUCUACGGCCAUGAGGAGGUGUGCGUGUUCAAGUGCUCCGUGUCGCGUGACACCGAGUGCAGCCGCGUGGGGAAGCAAUCCUUCAUCAUCACGCUGGGCUGCAACAGCGUGCUGCUGCAGUUCGGGACCCCCACGGAUUUCUGCUCCUUCUACAACAUCCUCAAGAACUGCCGCGGGCACAACACGGAGCGCUCCGUGUUCAGCGAGCGCACCGAGGAGUCCUCGGCCGUGCAGUACUUCCAGUUCUACGGGUACCUGUCCCAGCAGCAGAACAUGAUGCAGGACUACGUGCGCACGGGCACGUACCAGCGGGCCAUCCUGCAGAACCACAGCGACUUCAAGGACAAGAUCGUGCUGGACGUGGGCUGUGGCUCGGGCAUCCUCUCCUUCUUCGCGGCGCAGGCCGGGGCGCGCAAGAUCUACGCGGUGGAGGCGAGCACCAUGGCCCAGCACGCCGAGGUGCUGGUGAAGAGCAACAACCUGACGGAGCGCAUCGUGGUGAUCCCGGGCAAGGUGGAGGAGGUGUCGCUGCCCGAGCAGGUGGACAUCAUCAUCUCGGAGCCCAUGGGCUACAUGCUCUUCAACGAGCGCAUGCUCGAGAGCUACCUGCACGCCAAGAAGUACCUGAAGCCCAGUGGGAACAUGUUCCCCACCAUCGGGGACGUGCACCUGGCGCCCUUCACGGACGAGCAGCUCUACAUGGAGCAGUUCACCAAGGCCAACUUCUGGUACCAGCCCUCCUUCCACGGCGUUGAUCUCUCCGCUCUGCGCGGCGCUGCCGUGGACGAGUACUUCAGGCAGCCCGUGGUGGACACCUUCGACAUCCGGAUUCUGAUGGCCAAAUCCGUCAAAUACACCGUGAACUUCUUGGAAGCCAAGGAGGGCGACUUGCACAGGAUAGAAAUCCCCUUCAAGUUCCACAUGCUGCACUCGGGGCUGGUGCACGGCCUGGCCUUCUGGUUCGACGUGGCCUUCAUCGGCUCCAUAAUGACGGUGUGGCUCUCCACGGCCCCCACGGAGCCGCUGACCCACUGGUACCAGGUGCGCUGCCUGUUCCAGUCGCCGCUCUUCGCCAAGGCGGGCGACACGCUCUCAGGGACCUGCCUGCUCAUCGCCAACAAGAGACAGAGCUACGACAUCAGCAUCGUGGCCCAGGUGGACCAGACGGGCUCCAAAUCCUCCAACCUGCUGGACCUGAAAAAUCCCUUCUUCAGGUACACGGGCACGACCCCCUCGCCCCCGCCCGGCUCCCACUACACGUCCCCGUCAGAGAACAUGUGGAGCACGGGCAGCAGCUACAACAUGAGCACGGGGCAUGGCCGUGGGCCGGUGGGAAUGCCGGCUGCCUACGACCUGAGCAGCGUCAUCGCCGGGGGCUCCAACGUGGGGCACAACAACCUGAUCCCCCUGGCCAACACCGGCAUCGUGAACCACACCCACUCCAGGAUGGGCUCCAUCAUGAGCACGGGCAUCGUGCAAGGUUCCUCGAGCGCCCAGACCGCCGGCUCCAGCUCGCACUACCCGCCCCUGCAGAGCCAGUUCACCAUGGGGGGCCCCCCCAUCUCCAUGGCCUCCCCCAUGUCCAUCACCACCAACACGAUGCACUACGGCAGCUGAAGGGCCCCCCCCGGCCCCACCCACCAGACACAAACCAAAACCGGGGACACGGGGACCCCCCCCCACCCC